AUGAUCGCCGAUGCAAUGAGCCUCACGGCAGAGUGCCACAUGUCCUCCAUGGAGAGAGUGACGAAACACAUGAAGAGGCUCCACCAGGAGACCAAUCAGGGCUUCCUGGGGAUGCACUUGGACCAGCAAGUCUUCACAUCGGAAUCCUUUCAGGAUUUUGCCUUCAAUUUCCAGCAGCCCAUCUCUGGAUCCAAGGAGUCUAAGGUUGACGCAGAUGAUGUCAUUACCAGGGAUGAACAGAUUUACUUGCUGCUUCAUGCUAAACGGAAGUGCGAACAGAAGCUGAAGUCCAAGAUGGGUAAAGUUGCUGAAGGGUACUGUGCUCCCCAAUGGGAUGGCAUUCUUUGCUGGCCAGAAGGACCACCAGGGAAGUUUGUGCCAAUGCAGUGCCCAGAUUACAUUUACGAUUUUAACCAUCAAGGCCAUGCUUAUCGACAGUGUAACGUGAACGGGAGCUGGGAGCUUGUGCCAAGCAACAACCGAACAUGGGCAAAUUACACAGAAUGUGCCAGGUACCUUGCGCACAUGAACCAGGGUACAGAAAAGGACACCUUUGAUCGUCUGUACCUCAUCUACACAGUGGGAUAUUCUAUUUCAUUAAGCUCGUUGACUGUAGCUGUGAUUAUACUAGGAUACUUCAGACGCCUACACUGUACCAGGAACUACAUCCACAUCCAUCUCUUUGUGUCCUUCAUGCUCCGAGCCAUCAGUAUCUUUGUGAAGGAUGCAGUGCUAUACUCAGAGACAGCAUUCUUAGAUCUGGAAGGUGUUGACUUGGAGGAUCUGAAAUCCAUAAACGAUGCUCCUCCAUCUCAAGACAAGUCUCAGUAUAUUGGCUGCAAGGUGGCUGUUACCAUUUUCCUUUACUUCCUGGCUACUAAUUACUACUGGAUUCUGGUGGAAGGCCUCUAUCUCCACAGCCUCAUCUUCAUGACCUUUUUCUCUGAUAAAAAGUAUCUCUGGGGCUUCACCUUAAUAGGCUGGGGUGUUCCUGCUGUAUUCGUGGCAGCAUGGGCAAGUGUGAGAGCAACUCUGGCAGAUACACAGUGCUGGGAUCUAAGUGCUGGGAAUUUAAAGCUGAUUUAUCAGCUACCCAUUCUGGCAGCAAUAUUGGUUAACUUCAUGCUUUUCAUCAAUAUUAUCAGAGUUCUAGCCACAAAGUUGAGAGAGACCAACGCUGGAAGGUGUGAUACUCGUCAGCAGUACCGAAAGCUACUGAAGUCAACUCUAGUCCUGACUCCUCUGUUUGGGGUUCACUAUAUAGUCUUCAUGGCUAUUCCUUACACCGAAGUGUCUGGGACUCUCUGGCAGAUUCAGAUGCAUUAUGAAAUGCUCUUUAAUUCCUCUCAGGGUUGCUUUGUGGCUGUUAUCUACUGUUUCUGUAAUGGAGAGGUACAGAGUGAAAUCAAAAAAGCAUGGGCACGCUGGACCUUGGCACUUGACUUCAAACGCAAAGCCCGGAGUGGGAGCACCAACUACAGCUAUGGGCCAAUGGUGUCGCACACUAACAACAGUAUCAGCACCAACCUGACCACCCGAGCCCCACAAGCCCUACACCACAAUAGCCGACUAGGCAGUGGACUGCUGAACGGGCAUCGGAACCUUCCGGGCUAUGUCAAGAAUGGUUCAGUCUCUGAGAACUCACCCCCUUCCACCCUUCCUGAACAGAAUGGCAAGGGCAAUGAGCAUGGCAGGAGUUUGGGGCCUCCAGGGUCCCACAAACCUUCAUUGGUUGUUGAGGAAGAGAGAGAAACUGUAAUGUGACUGGUAGACACUAGCACAAGACGCAUCAAAUCUACACACAACUGAACUCCUCAACCAUAAGACUAUAGCUAUGGAUUAUUCUCCACUUGUUUCACUACACUGGCAAGAGCAGGCCACUCCAACUGCAAAAGAUCUAAAAUAUGGACAAGGAAUCAGGAAAACUUGAUACUGCAUCAUGUUAAUCCUUUCUUCCCCUAAGGGUUGCCUGCAUCUUUGAAUAAUUAUUUCAAUUUUAGUCAAGCACUGUCCUCAAUGUCAUCACAAUUGCCAAUAUUCAGUGGAUAGACUCAAAACAGCGUUGGUGACACUCAUUGCUUCUGCAUGAAUCUACCAGAGUAAAUAUACUCUACCAGCUACAUCUCACCUUCUGAGGGCCCACUCACCCUCAUCAGUUGACCAUGUUAUAGGACCAUCAACUGCUUGAGCUUAUGGGGAAGAACGGGCAAUCAACUGCCCUCCUUUUAUCUUUGUUGGCAAUGGUAUUCAACUUUGAAUUUGAUGAUAUAAAACUCUAUCCGGGCGCUGUCUGGAUGUUUUUUUCAUGUAGAGGAGUUAUCUUCAGCUGGAAGGACCACCAGAUCUCUGAAAAGAGGGUCUGGGAAACGGUCUCAGCAGAAUCAUGUAAAGUGGCAGUUUGAAGCCUAACGUUUUUUUUUAUAGAUUGUUCUCUUUGCUGCACCAGGACAUAAAGGGCUGCAGAGUCCCACCUGGGGAAUGCCAAUGUUCUGGAUAUCUUGCACUGAUACCUAGAAAGUUAGUCAUUUGGAUCUUUUUCAUUUUGGGAGGGUAUGAAAAGAUAAAAAAAUAAUGGGGUAAUAAAAUGAUCCAACAUCCAACUUCAGAACAGACCCAAAAUAGCUGAAACUCAGAGAGAAGCCAGUUUUAAUACCAGUGCUGUGUUAAAAGACCAUGGUUAAUGCAGCUGCAACAUUCUCAAUUAUGGCAAUUAUCCCAAAUGUUUUGAACUGCAUGGUGAACCUUUUGAGUACAACAAAAUAACACUGAAAACCACAACCUUCUCCACUGACUAGGCAUUGAGUCCAACUGCUAGCUAUCACAGUUCAAUGAGUUCAUGUCCACUCAUUAUCCAUUGAACGAACUGGACAGCUUUCAAAACAUACUGAUGUUCUGGAUGUUAAUUGUUUCUAGUUGAAUUUAUGUUGUUCAUGUUCUUCGGUUAAAAUGUGAGAAAAAUGAUAAAUUAUUAUUUAUUAAUGAUUUUUUAAUAAAUGCUGAUUAUAGUUUGCAUCUUUAGUGAUUGUGAGAAAAAAUAAACUUGUUGGUUGUUUGUCUAGUGACUGAACAAGAAUCAAUGAAAUGUGCUCUA